AGUGAAGGACUACUGUAGUCAGCAAAGCAGAAAAGAGGACAAAUAAGGGCCAAAGAGGCAGAGAAAAUCAAAAAGCGGCAAGACAAGAGGGCAUGUGGCAGAAAGAGAGAGAAGAGCGAGUGAUGUCAUCAUUUGUGCUGGGCUGUGCUCUCUCUUCCCCUCUGUCUCGCGUCAUUGUACACACAUACACUUACCAGUUGCAGAGAGGAAGACAGAGAAACACACACCCACAUUCAGCAUCCUUUCAAUAGCAGCUUAGCAUCAGUAUCCAGGACUGUCCACCUCACUGUCAGAUCUGACAGGAUGGCUGAAGGUUCAGGUGAGGUAUCACUGGCAGAUGUUGAGACGGCAUUUCGUAAAUUUGCAGUGCAUGGAGACACCAAAGCAACAGGGAAGGAGAUGAACGGGAAAAACUUUGUUAAGCUGUGCAAGGACUGCAAGGUCAUCGAUGGCAAAAGUGUCACCAGCACAGAUGUGGACAUCAUCUUCAGCAAAGUCAAGGUUAAAUCAGCACGCGCCAUCACAUUUGAGCAGUUCACUCAAGCCAUGGCGGAGUUGGCUACAAAACGUUUUAAAGGGAAGAGCCAGGACGAGGCAGUACAGCUUCUCUACAGUCUUAUUGCCGGCAAAGAACCCGCCAAUGUUGGUGUCACUAAAGUAGCAAAAGCCUCCGCUGUAGACAGGUUAACAGACACCAACAAGUACACUGGUUCUCAUAAGGAGCGCUUUGAUGUGUCAGGAAAGGGAAAAGGCCGUGUGGGGAGGGAAGACAUCCCUGAUACCAGCGGAUAUGUUUCGGCAUUCAAAGGCCAAGGCUCCUACGACAGCAAAGUAAAAGAGGAUAAAUGAGAGGAAGGGAUAAAAGGAAAAGAAUGCUUUAUGCAUGACAUAAUGAGUGCAUGUCUGAAGUCUUCCUGGUUUUAUUUCAGCAGCUGGGCUGUGGCUUGCCUG